AUACGGUAAUAGGGUUUUAGCUUCAAAAACCCAAAAAACCUUAUUGCUCUAAAUUUUCAUAUAACUGAAUUCAAUCCAAUGGAAUCGAUGUCGUUUCAUUUAAUCUCCGAUACUCAUUCUCUCCACCACCAUAACCGAACUCCUUCUUCCGCCGUUAUCGCCGCCGCAACACCGCGACCUUCCUUUCUCAAAAUCGCUCAACCGUCAAACACGUCGGUUGCUCUUCCUCUUCGUAUCUCUGCUCUCCCUAUUCAUCUUCCCAGCGAAGAAGGCGAUGAUCAACUCAAUGUCUCCGCUUUACCUUCGAUCCCUCAAGAAAAUUUAAGCCAUUCUCAGAUUACUGAUGAUGAUGAUGAUGAUGCACAUGAGCCAAUACAAACAGGCAUGUCAUGGUCAACUAUUACGACUCCUGGAGGAAGUGGGUCAGGUGGGGGUACAAGGGCUGGACUUUUCAGAACUCCUAUUUCAGGUGGUGUCCAGAGUGCAACCUCGGCUCAUGGUUUGCCUAGACCUGCUUUGGCGGUUCGCAAUUUGAUGGAGCAGGCCAGAUUUGCUCAUCUUUGCACUGUAAUGUCUCGUAUGCACCACCGACGAGAAGGAUAUCCAUUUGGUUCUUUGGUUGAUUUUGCACCGGAUUCGAUGGGCCAUCCAAUAUUCUCAUUUUCUCCUCUUGCAAUUCACACUAGGAAUUUGUUGGCUGACCCAAGAUGCACUCUUGUUGUUCAGAUACCUGGAUGGAGUGGCUUGUCGAACGCAAGAGUAACUAUUUUUGGGGAUGUUUAUCCGCUUCCAGAAGAUCAACAGGAAUGGGCACAUAAGCAGUACAUUGCAAAACACCAUCAGGGUCCUUCUCAGCAGUGGGGCAACUUCUACUAUUUUAGGAUGCAGAAUAUAAGUGACAUAUAUUUCAUUGGAGGCUUUGGUACUGUUGCCUGGGUGGAUGUAAAGGAGUAUGAAACCCUUCAACCUGACAAGAUUGCAGUUGAUGGGGGUGAGCAGUAUCUGAAGGAACUCAAUGCAAUAUUCUCAAAGCCCUUAAAGAAACUACUAUCUAGUGAGUCUGAGGUAGAUGACGCAGCACUCAUAUCCAUCGACAGCAAAGGGACCGAUAUUAGGGUCCGUCAAGGUGCCCAGUUCAACAUUCAGAGGAUAUCAUUUGAUGAAGGGCAGACUGUAGAAACAUUAGAAGAAGCCAAAGCUGCUCUUCAGAAAUUAAUACACAAAGGAAAAGUCUGCAAUUUGCAUAAAUAAGUUGUUGAUUUGCAGAAAUAAGAAGUUGCACCUGCGUAAUAUUAUCCUCUCCCUUUGACAUGAGUAGACAAGAAUGAAGAUUCCGAAUCCUUCAAGCUUCUAAUCUUUGACUUUUUUUGGACACAUUAAUUUAUACUUCUUGGGUGUGGCUGACAUGCACCAGAAAUUGUAUCAUAAGUGCAACUGCAAGGAUGUAUUUUAUUAAGGCUGGUGGAUCACGUAGUUGGGUUCACUGCUGUCAAUAAUUACUGCAGUCACUGCAGUUAGUUGAUCUAAACCGUUAGAUUGAGAUCGGAUAACUUAUAUUAUGACUUCGGCAAAUUGGAAAUUUGAAAUCAACUGUCUGAUUUUCAACGGCUGAGAUCAUUGACAGUAAUUUUUGUUGAAUGCAUUAAAUCCAUUUGUCUCGCA